AUCUGAGAUAAAGGAUGAAAUUACUCAGGUUAAAACCUCAACGCCCGCCAAAAGCUGCCCCAGAGCAGAACCGGACCCAAAGACGCCUCGGAAAUCGGAAUCCCUCCGCGGUUGGACGUUGGGGGAGGGAGGAGCUCACGGCGCGCCGCGUGUCUUACAGACCACCCCUCCCAAAUGCGUCGACUGCCGGCAGUACCUCGACGACCCCGACCUCAAAUUCUUCCAAGGGGACCCCGACGACGCGCUGGAGGAGCCCGAAAUGCUGACGGAUGAGCGGCUGUCCAUCUUCGACGCCAACGAGGACGGCUUUGAGAGCUACGAGGAUCUGCCGCAGCACAAAGUCACCUCCUUCAGCGUCUACGACAAACGCGGCCAUCUGUGCCCCUUCGACACCGGGCUGAUCGAGCGGAACAUCGAGCUCUAUUUCAGCGGCGCCGUGAAGCCCAUCUACGAUGACAACCCGUGUUUGGACGGUGGGGUGAGGGCCAAAAAGUUGGGGCCCAUCAACGCCUGGUGGAUCACGGGCUUCGACGGAGGGGAGAAGGCGCUCAUUGGCUUCACCACAG